AAAAACUAUCAUUCCAGGAUUGUCUAGCUGAUUGUCGAGUUGAUUGACAGGCUAUGUCUGUAUAUAAAAGGUGAUUGGCUCUUUUACCUGUAAGGCGUUCCAAUUUGUUUCUUCUAUUUAUUUUAAUAGAAGUGGUCCGUCUCUGCUAAAUUAUCUUUGGUGUUGCUUCGCUUACCUUGAAGGCUUUCUGAUAGAAGGGCUCUGGUGUCAUCAUGAAGCAUUUCCUGUUGCGGUCGCGUUGCUCACAAGGACACAUAACAAACCUGUCGGAAUAAUGUUGUCUUUCACACCAGAGUCUUCCAUAAGUUUCCGAAAAAUAUAAUGCAAACAUACAGUCAGGAUCUGAGUAAUGGACUCGAGAAUGUCCCCGUUUUGAUUGAGAGCAGUGUUCCCAAAGAAGCUUUUACCAACUUUCAGUAUGUACCAGAGAAUGUACAAGGGCCAGGCUGUGACCUUGAUCCUAGUGCGGUGACCCUCCCCGGCUGCUCUUGUCAUUCCCAGUCCUGUCUGCUCGACAGAUGCCCCUGUUUGAGAUUUGGCCAGACGUACAACAAUGAUGGACUUCUGAACCAGCAACAAGAGGAGGGUGGCUACAGCAGGCCUGUGUUUGAGUGCAAUGCCUUAUGUGCGUGCAGUGAGUCCUGCCAAAACCGUGUGGUUCAAAAUGGGAUCAAGGUUCGCCUGGGUGUCUUCAGCACCAAAGACAGGGGCUUGGGGGUGGAGACUUUAGAGCGCCUCCCUUGUGGCCGCUUUGUGUGCGAGUACACAGGGGAAAUCAUCGGGCCUGAUGAGGCUCGAAGCCGCCAGCUCUCCCAGACUCCCGAUGAUAUGAAUUACAUCAUUGCUGUUCAGGAGCACAGUGGAGGAGACAGGGUCACCCAGAUGUUUGUAGACCCUGUGUGCAUGGGAAAUGUGGGCAGGUUCAUGAACCACUCGUGCCAGCCCAACCUGGUCAUGGUGCCGGUACGAGUGCACUCACUGUUGCCCAGACUUGCUCUGUUUACGAACCGAAAGAUAGAGCAGGGUGAAGAACUGACCUUUGACUAUGCUGGAGGACUCCUCAGCAGCACAGACACACAGAAAUGGGAUAAAGUGCCAAGCGAGACUCAGAAAGGGCCUGAUGGUGGAAAACUGCUUCAAAGAAAAGCCUGUUAUUGUGGGGCUUCAAACUGCUCAGGUUUUUUACCAUUAGAUAUCUCAGUUCUCAAUUAAAAAACAUUGUAAAUCUGCCCUGACUUUGGAUUUUCUCUAUUUAGUUUAGAGGGAUAGUUCACCUAAAAAUGAAAAUUCUCUAAUCAUUUACUCACUCUCAUGCCAUCCCAGAUUUGUAUGACUUUAUUUCAUCUGUAGAACACGAACAAAGAUUUUUAGAAGAAUAUUUCAGCUCUGUUGGUCCAUUCGAUGCAAGUGAAUGGUGUCCAGAACUCCAGAAUGUCCAAAAAGGACAUAAAGGCAGCAUUUAAGUAAUUCAGACGACUCAAGUGGUUAAAUCCAUGUCUUCAGAAGCGAUAUGAUAGGUGUGGGUCCUUUUGUACUAUAGGAUCUCCGCUUUCACGUUCACAUUCUUUUGUUUUUUGGUGAUUUGUAUUCUUCAUGCAUAUUGCCACCUACUGAGCAGAGAGAAGAAUUUAUAGUAACAAAGGACUUAAAUAUUGAUCUGUUUCUCACCCACACCUUUCAUAUCGCUUUUGAAGGCAUGGAUUAAACCACUGGAGUUGUCUGAAUUACUUAAAUGCUGCCUUUUUGUCCUUUUUUGGAGCUAUCAAAUUUCUGGCCACUUGUAUAGACCUACAGAGCUGAGAUGUUCUUUUAAAAAUCUUCAUUUGUGUUCAGCAGAAGAAAGAAAGUCAUGCACAUCUGGGAUGGCAUGAGGGUGAGUAAAUGAUAAGAGAAUUUUUAUUUUUGGGUGAACUUUUCCUUUAUGACCACAUCCACACUAAUCUAUAAUCCAAAGUCUGAAACCUCCGUUUUCAAGAUUCCAAAUGUCAUAAUGUUCCAAAGUUUGCGGUUAUGGAGAGCAUUUAAAAAAAGUCAAAAUUUUUGGUGGAGGGAAAUGCCAUUUCAUUGAAAUGAAAAUUGGAUUAGUUGAUGUCUACUUCAUAUAAUGCCACUGGAUAUUUAGCUCAAUCGAAAGCAUUUGUGACAAAAAAUAAUUUUUGACUCAACCAUGGCAUAAUGUUGAUUACCACAAAAAUUAAUUUAGACUUGUCUGUCCUUUUCUUGAUAAAAAGCAAAAAUUGAGGUUACAGUACUUACAAUGGAAGUGAAUGGGGCCAAUUUUUGGAGGGUUUUCAAGACAGAAAUGUGAAGCUUAUAAUUUUAUAAAAUCACACAUCAAUUCUUCUUUUAAAACAUGGGUAUUAUUUGAGGUGUAAAUAAUGUUUAAACUGUCAUUUUUAAUUAACAGUCAUUUUAGGAUUUUAAGGUUUAGGGCAUUUUGAGAAUGAAGUUGUAAAUUUGGAUAUAAGUUUACACAGAAAAGGUUAGUGAGUUAGUGAAUUUUUUUCACUCUAAAAUCAUAUUAACAUGGAUAUUGUUUACAUCUUGUGUCUAUACUUUUGAAACAGUGACUAUUUUAACAUUUACAGAUUUCCCCAUUCACUUCCAUUGUAAGUUCCUCACUGUAACCCAGAAUUUUGCUUUUUAAAAGAAAUGGAGGGACAAAUUAAUAUUAAUAAAAUUUUGUGGUAAUCAAUAUGCCACAAAUUCUGUUGAUUGAUCUUCACUUGUAUUAAACCUGGAAUAUGUGUGACUCAGAGAAAAUCAUAUGUUUGACCAGUGUUAUUCAAAUUUCUGUGAUUUUAAACCAUUGAGGAGGGCAAAUGCUUGUUGCCUUAAUGUGUAUAUGGGCAGAUGACAUGAAAUACUUUUAGAUAGGUCUUGCUUUACUCCAUCUAAACUAUUUUAACCAUUAUUUUGCUGAUUCUUUACAAUUAUAAUGCAUGCAGCUUUUAUGAGCUCAUAUUAAUUGAGACUACAUGAAAUAUUUGUAUGUUUAAAAAUGUAUUUACCAAAAUGAAGGACCAUUUUAAAUGAACUAAUGAUGUAAAAAAAAAAAAAAAAAAGUGAAAAUUUUAAAAGAAAUGGUGUCCAGUCACAUGGCCUAAGAGAUGGUCCCUUAUACAUUUACUUCAAUUUUAAUGUUGAUUUAAUUGAUUAAAUGACUAUGGAUA